AUGCUUUCUUCAAGUCGACUUUUUUCACGUGCGGGUGCUGCUGAGCCCAUUGUGCCAUACCGAAAGGGGAGUUACCAUAUUGUUCCAAAGAAACAUACAGUGGGAAGACGCAUUGCCGUACGCAACUAUCUUGAUCGUAAUCGAACUGAACUUUCGGACCGAACAUAUAUGCCACAAAAGGUGUGGUUUGAAUCAUAUGCACCAAAACAAUUUGAGCGUGAUCAUGAACGACUCAGUCAUAAUUUUUACAACAUUGAAACUAAACUUAUUUGGACUGCAUUUGAUACUCCAGAAUUAAUUGGUAUUCUAUUACAUGAUGAGACACUUAAAGGUGCUACACACCUCUACAGCGCUGAAUUUCUUGAUGCUGCAAUACAUUGGACUCGUGAAUGUCGAUAUUGGCGUUGUAUUGGUAUUACUAAACCCUUUUAUGAUAAACAUACAUUACGAGCUCACUGUUGGCAUGAUAAGGGUAUGCAAGUAGGUACACUUGUUCUCUCACAGGCUAUGCGACAUGCACUUAUGGAUUUAGAACGAGCUGUACGACGUAAAGAACUGGGACUGCAACCGAACUACUUAUGGGACCGUUGGGGACCUAUUGGUUUUAUUGACGGUGCGCAAGCGGAUUACCUCCCACGUUUCGCUCAUAAUCCUUACAUUGAUCCUGAUGGUGUGGAAGUGACGGAACUUGAUGUAGCACCUUUUAACACACAUGAACAAAUUAGGGAACGUUAUGCUGAGUUUAUUGAGCCUGAUCUUCGACCGUUUGAAGGAGUCUUCCGGGCUCCAUCGCAUGGGGGUCUCACACUUGAUGACAUGCCGAAUCAAGAGGUAGUAGAAUUAUACCGGGAAUUAAAAGCGAAGAGUGGAAGUCCUGUAGUUCUCGCUGGUGGGGCAGAAAUUCCACCUGCGGAUAUGCGGGCACUUUUCUACCUUACUGUGGAUGCGGACCUUCUGCGUGUGGCGCGUGGACUUGACACGUGGUCUGCGGUGCGUGAGAUGCUGCAGCCGGUGCAGGAAGAACAUGAUGAGAAGGUGGAGGCACUGCGUCUGCUGGAGAACUUGCGGUACGAUGCGGGUCGCGUACGUUCCUUCCUGGAGGAGAAGUGCGGGUUUGCCGACUUUUCCCGCACGCCUGACGUGGUGCUGACGGCGGCGGUUCUUUGUGCGUUGAAGGAGUUGCGGCGGGUGGCGUGUGAGACGCCGUGGGGUCCUGCUGCCAUUUCCAUGAAGGGAGAAGGACUGUGGAGAAGAGAAAAGAAAGGAGGAGAAGAGAUGGAAACGGGAAAAAAUAAUAAAGAAGAAAAAGUAGGGGAGUUGGCAAUAGAAGUGACUCGAUGUGUGGAGGGGGCGCUGCGGGAUAAACGCCGCCGGUUGUGGGCUACUCGUUUCGCCGCCGACGCCCGCGAGGAGUCGACGCUCGAUUUUCUUCUGGAGAACUUCGGCCGCCGCGCAGAGCCCGCACGCAACGCCGGCACCACCGGCACGGAGUUCGAUCGCGAACAGGAGCCCAUCGGCCGACAGGUGCAGCGCCGCGUUGUGGAUGCCGAUAAGGCGCAGAAACUCGCAGAGGCGCGACAGCAGAAGGGAAGAAUGUGGUCCAAGAAGAAGAGUGUCUUUGAUUCACUCCAUCAGAAACAAACACAGAACGUCACCUAUGGUGUGCGAUAG